AUGAUGAAACACAACUUACAACAACUCACGAUGAAUGAAAUUGUAUUUAAUACACCAAAAGAAAAAUAUGGAAAAGACGAUUCGAUUACAAUUAGAGAAAUGCAAAGAUACAUUUUGAUCCUAGAAAAGAUUAUAACAAAGAAAAACACAACAAUCAUUUCAAUGGAAAAAAGGCUGGAAGAGUACAAACCGUUUAACGAAUUUGUCAACAGCACAGAUCCAAUUUUAUAUGCUUCUCCUGUUAUGGAUAUGUUGUGUGAAUUGAUAAGUGACAGAGAUGAAGAGACAAAGAAUAAAAUACUAAAGAGGUGGUCAGACCACCUUUCCAAUGAAAUGAUAACAGUAAAGAAGUUGGUCAAAAAAAGGAAAGAUUCAUUUGACCCAUUACGGUCGAAAUUGAAAUACAUUGAUUUAAAAACAGAUAUUGAGAGGGAAGAUUCUAAAGAGUUUGUUAUGUUGCAGCCCUUAGGAAGCGAAGUUGGCUUCAUACGGAGUGAUAAGAAGACUUUACCAAAUCAACAACCAAAUGUACAACUUUAUGAGUGUCUUUUAAAGAACUUUUUAUAUGAGGAAGGUAUCUAUUACACAAAAUUUGAGAUACUUACAAAAUACUUUAUCACUCCAUUAAGAAAUGCACAAUUAGCUUUUGAAUCCGUCAAAGUCCUCUCCGAUGUUCUUCCCCCAAUAAUGUCUUUGGAAAGAAGACUGAAUAGAGCUCUAAAAGCACCAGAAGCAAAUGUUAUGAAAGUGUUUAAAGACUAUGUCCAAGAGAUUGAUGUGUACAUCCCUUAUAUUAUUAUACUAAAGAACACAAAACUUCGUCAAGAUAUCCUAGAAAAUUGUGCAAACAAAACAUUCAAAAAAGAGCAAGCCGAACUUGUGAAUCAAUCUUUAUUUGUCAACCCCGACCAAAUAUUGCCUGCAACAACAUACCUCGACGCACCUUCUUUCAGAUUUUCCAAGUUGUCCAAAAUCUUUGGCGACCUAUUAUCAAAUGUUGAUAUGAAACAUCCCGACUUCUCUUCGCUGACGGCAAUAUACACUCUUGUACUCAAGACAAUGAAGAAGUAUGAACAACAAUUGAGACUCACUGAAUCCAAAAAGAGUUUGGACGACCUUCAAAAACUGUUUCCAACAGACAACAUCAUUGAGAAAGACAGAGUUUUACUGCAUUAUGGAGCACUCAAUGUAUUAGAAGACAAAUCGUCGUGGUGUAUGGGGUUUCUCUUUACUGACAUCUUCAUCUUAGCACGUUCGACAAUCCACAAUGUAGCCGGUACUUCUAAAGAGGCUCUUCUUCGCUUUGAGAAUGUUCCGAGUGGGAAAGAUGUUCUUUCACUGCAAUACUAUCGUUUUACUGAGAUUCUACGCUUCACCACAAACACGUCUCACUUCAAACAAGUGUGUGAGAAUGUUUUAGCUCCAAACGCCUUUUUUGUUCAACAAGAUGACAUCAAAGCUCAUUGCAGUUGUCCGAGUCUCAAAGAGCUUCAAGCCUGGGUACUCAACUUGUUGAAAUUGAAAAAAUGA